AUGUCACGUAACGGCGAAACCACCGACAGUCUACCCGCGCUGUGCAUCGAGCCCAGCGAUUCGAUCAUGCCUUUAUCUACUGAUAUCAAUGAGCCUCUGUCGACCUAUUUUCCUCCCCGAGAAGUCUCGAUCGCCACUGAAGUUGAGCAACUUCUGCCACCACUUAGCCUUGACCCUGGACCACAGGAACUAUUAGUACUUGAUAUCCCGCUGGUGGAUAAUGAGGUGUCGUUAGAUCCCACGAGUAAUAUAGCCUACGAUCCUACUUCAGCGAUAUCGCCCGACAAUAUACAAGAAGGGACAGACGAGGCCGAUCCUACUGCUGCGGCAACUGAAAGUUUGGUCCAAGUGACCAACCCAUUUGUGGUGUUAGCUCCUAAGCAAUCAGAAGACGUUGGAACCAACACAGCUAGUGAUAUCUAUAAACUGGCCCAGCUUCUCACUGACCAAUUCCAACAGCACCAUGGCUGCUAUCACCAAUGCCGUACACACCAGGAGAGUAAUCAUCAAAUGCGGUAUACGGAGCAUCUUGGCCCAGGAAAGUAUAUGGACCAGAUUCAGGCAGAUGGGGGAAAUCCAGACGUUCUAAGCGUGGCGGUCAUGACUAAACGUGAGGACAACCUAGCAGAACAGACCAAUGUAGACCGAAAACGGGAGAUCUAUACUGGGAUCAAUUCAGCCACGCCUGACGCAGGUCCAGUGCACCUCUGCCUUGCUGCCGACCAUGAGCCGGAACGCCCGACCGCGGUAACUUUUGAUAUCGAUAGUAUCGUGGGAUUUGCGCACAGCCUAGCAGUGGCUAAACUUGGAGUGCGGUGGAACUCGACUUAG